AUGUCCAGCUCCUCCAAGACGCCUAUAGUGCGGAGGAGGGAUGAUGGAAUACAGCUCAGCUAUACUCUUCCUCACCGAGUCUUCGCAGCCAGGCCCUAUCCAGUGCUCGCCCCGAACGGCUCGACAAUCAUCGUCUACGGCCACGACAAUGGCAUAAGGAUAGUUUGGAGAGGGGGCAGAUCAUUCCUCUCUUCUCCCAGACAGAAGAAUCUACAUGGCGUGCAUCAGACGAACAACUCCAGCAAGGCGCAGAAUGAUGACGAUUCGAUUAUGAUUAUCGAUUCAGAUGACGAGGAGCCUGCGCCAGCCACGUCCAGCAUCCAGAAUAACGCGGAAUUCGAAAUAUUUGAGGACGAGGAUACUGAGCUUGACCCGUCACAUCCGUAUGAACCUAUUCUUCGACACGUGGAUAUUCCUCUUGGUACAAGAGUUCUUGAACUAGCUAUGCCGUCUCUACUGCCAGAGAAAGCUCGUUUUUUGGGUUAUACUGUGCCUCCAAUCCUUACAACUUCGAUUGUCAUAUCGGUAGUGUGUGCGGACUCUAAACUGAGAGUCGUGACUUUGCCACUUGCGCCUCCACAUCCAAGUACGAAGGUUUCUGAUCUAAAUAUCAAGACAUUAACCCUAAACGCUACUAUAUCACACAACGAAAUACCCAAGGGCGUCUCUAUUACCUUCACCAGUGAAAGCGGCGACAAAAAUGAAGACCUCGGCCGAAGCAGGUCACGACAGAAAUCUUCGCAGCCUACGAUCAAGGCAGCGGCACAGUGGAACUUGCUGGUCGCCACUCAUGCAGCCGAAGCGUCUGGGACAUUACUGGUGUACCGUGUUCCUAUCGGACAAUCUACUGAUGGCUCCUUCACACUACCGACAAAAGACGUACAAUCACCGCAAAAGCUUAGUCUUCCUGCCCCAGCAUCGAAUAUCUCCUUCAAUCCUUCUCCGUACCCUUCGGCUCGUCACACCCACCUCUUAGUGUCGUUUCCGGACGGCUAUGUGAAAAUACUCGCAUGCUCUGCAUCCUCGAAAGGAAGCAAAAAUCCCAGCGCCAACGAGACAUCCGAGCGAGAGGGAAAAUGGUUGCUCACACUAUAUCCUGGAUUUCAACAAUCACCAAGUGCUUUGGUUCGAAGGAAGAUGAUUAUCGAUGCUGCCUGGGUCCUGUCUGGAAAAGCUGUCAUGGUGCUCCUUGCCGAUGGUGAAUGGGGUGUUUGGGAUAUUGAAGGAGCAGGUCCUGGGGCCGAGCCGGGGCCUCUUAUCGGCCAGUCCAGUGUACACGGCGUGACUGGGGGCUCUUUAACAACAUACUCCGUUAGCGGUCGUAUUAUCGGUGGCUCGCAACCGAACAAAUCCCCAACUACAAGCAGUGACUCAUCUGAGCAACGAGGCAAGUUUGCCCCUAUGACGCCUUCGUCUAGGCGAGUGCGAGAAGACACGUUGUUUAAGGGUGCUCAGCCCUUAGCUGCGCCUUCUUUUGAAGGUGAGAUCGCUGUCGUUCAGGUUAAUUCAUCAAGAGCUGCUUUAGCCGACGAAUCGAUCCUGAUUCGCCACGGUAACCAAAUUGCAACAAUCCCAAGCCUAUUGUCAUUAUGGAGAAAUUCCGUGAAAGCUUCUGGAACGUUCGAUGCUUCUAAUCGCUGCCGUGUCUCUCCUCUAGGGAACAUCAACUUGUUGGGCGAAAGAAUAAAUGGCAUUGCCCAUCUGCCGUCACCAUUUCGCACAGAAAAUGAUAGUGAUGACCAAAAAGACUACGAAAUACUUAUCGUUGCUGAACAUCGCUUAAUCAUUCUUGGUCGUGACCUCUCAAAGCUUUCCACCGUGACAGCAAAGCCAGAACCGCACGUAUCCAUAAAUUUACAGUCAAGUGCCGAAAACGAUCAACUCAUGCUCAGCCAAGGGCAGCUUGAUGUCGACGGCAUGGAUCGCGUGUUGACUAACAUGUCUGGGGCUCUUCAACCCAACGGCUUCAGAAGUCCUAUCAAGCGAGCGCGCAUAUUUUCUUAG